AGACGAACGGGAACGGCCGAUGGAGACAUUUUAAAAUAAACACACAGCUAACGGCUAACUGCUAACAGGGCUCGCGAAGGGGCGAGCGCACUGCGCCAAAACACAUUAUAAUCGUCCCGAGUUCUUACCAGUUAUAUUAUAUUCAGCAGUGCAUUGUUUAAUAAAUCGUAAAUCAACGAGACUACAAAACACCGAAGAUGUUGAAAAGUCUGACACUGGGAACAGAAGAUUUUAACUAAACCGCGCAGGUGAGCUCCUGUCCAGGCACAUUGGUCCAUGCUCGCUGGACCUCUGGGCUUUGGGCUCAACUAGCAUGAAGAUGGCUGACUCGGACAAGGCAGAGGAUUUUGUGGAUGCUGAGUCCCCCACAGAGUGCCUUGAUGAAGCACAAUCAACCACAGGCUCUGCCCAGGAUGAGCAUCUGAAGACAGAGACCACCACCAGUACCAGCUCCCCCCCCAGGGAAAAGGAGGCAGACAGCCCCUUGAAUACAGAGGGUGAGCUGAGUCUCCUCUCCAUGCCGUGCCUGAUGAAGGAGCUCCGCAGAGACUCCCCCGAGUCCCAGCACGCCUCCACAGGAAGCGACAAGCCCGCGUCUCUUCGUAUCGAUGAGAGCGACUCCUCAAACCCCUGCAUGAUGUCCCCCUCCUCCAGCGGACACCUUGCUGACUCAGACACACUCUCCUCGGGGGAAGAAGGGGCCACUCCUUCCACAGGAAAAGACGAAGAAGGAAACAUGGAUACGACAAACGACGGGCAGGCGACAGGAAAGCAAUCAUCUUCCUCAGCGACGGGAGGGAGGAAGGCCCGGCGGUUACGUUCAGAGAGCGAGAUGCCGCAGAAUGCACUGGCUGCAAAGAAAAACCGCUGCCAGCCCACCGUAGUAGCUGCGGGAGGGCCGGAAAAACAAACCAAUGGCAAGCUGGCCAAAGUGAAAGGUCACCGGAGCCAGAAGCACAAGGAGAGGAUACGUUUGCUGAGGCAGAAACGUGAGGCGGCGGCUCGGAAGAAGUACAACCUGCUGCAGGACAGCAGUACGAGUGACAGCGAGCUCACGUGCGACUCCAGCACCAGCUCCUCCGAGGACGACGACGACGACACUUCAGGAGGCAGCAAGACAAUCAAGACAGACCUUACAGCUGGCUUCAGACGUGCGUCGGAGAGAUCCAGAGUGGGCGCCCAGAUUCAUGGGCUGCUGGACACCAGUUCGUGGGACAGGAACGGCAUCGGCAGCGUUCUGGAGGAAGCCAUGACGCGCUUUGCCGUGAUGCAGCGGCAGACCGAGGAGCGCUUCAGAGUGUGGAUGGAAAAGCUCUCGCACCUCGACUCGGACAACGACUCGUCCAAACGCUCCAGCGACGCCGUGGAGGGCCAGCAGCAGCGCCCGUCCCCCCCCAGCUCCUUUUUGCCAUCGUCAGAGUCUUCAGAGACUAUGGCCGCCUACAUGUUGGCGCGAGAGAACAACAGCCUCACCUCCACCCCCAUAAACAACAACAACAACAUCCUACCUGAAGCGGUCACUCAGAACGGAAACCUAGCUGUUCCAGACCCCGGGAUCUUGAAUGUCUAA